AUGACGCCUUCUUCGUUAUCUUUCAUACUGUUGAUAUUCUCGUACGCAGUAUGCAACCUGUGUGUUCUUCUCACUGCGAUUUUUCAAUUAUACGAUGAAAACAGUCCUGUUAUAUUUUACAUUGAUAAGUUAUAUCUAUGGGUCUACAUGUAUAUUCAGCCAUGUGUUGUAAUUGGAUUGAUUGAGCGUUUAUGUGCUACUAUUUUCGUGAGCUCUUAUGAACAUUCAAGAUAUUGGAUCAUUUAUAUUAUUGGACAAGCUCUAGGGAUAGGAGUAGUAUACUAUGAAAACGUGUUGGUUGAAAAUGGAGAUUACAAUGAUACGGCGAAGAAUGUGCAGUUCGGAUUAUCGAUUUGUAUCUGCAUAUGUCUCGUUGUUUUAUUUUUUGUGAAUCGACACUUGACAUAUAACUCGCGACACAAAUCCACUCUGACUGUCAGAUAUCAGUUGGCUGAAAAUGUCAAAGCUCUGAGAACAUUCGUUCCAUUUGUAGUAGUUGACAAUUGUAUAUCAAUUCUCUUUGUUUUAUCAAUGUUCUUUUCCGAGGUGGAUUUCAAUAUUAACUUAAAAAUACUACUGCUAACUCAGUUGUUCAUGCCUCUCCUAGUUGUGAAGCAACAUUCUUCUAUUUGGAAUCAAGUGAAAUCUCAAUUAGCUCGACGACAACCAACAGUUCGACAGAGCAUCGAUGCCGACCAGAAUAACAAAGUGUUUAAAAUCAAUAACGUGCUCGGAAUGGAUAUUGCGGGAACUAACAUCGAUUAUUUUACUCAGCUGAAAGUUCAAUGGCUUACUUAA